AGUGACGUCCUCCGCUCGGCGACAGAAAGCGGCUCGCUGUUGCUAAACAACCGAGACGAUCUAGUAUUGUUCAAACAACAUAAUGCCCAAGGUGAAGAGGAGUAGGAAACCACCUCCAGAUGGCUGGGAGCUCAUAGAGCCGACUCUUGACGAGCUGGACCAGAAAAUGCGCGAGGCUGAAACCGAGCCUCAUGAGGGCAAGCGUAAGGUUGAGUCUCUAUGGCCAAUCUUCCGACUUCAUCACCAGCGCAGCCGUUACAUCUUCGACCUUUUCUACAAGAGGAAGGCCAUCAGUCGAGAGCUUUAUGAAUAUUGCACCAGAGAGGGCUAUGCAGACAAGAAUCUGAUUGCCAAAUGGAAAAAACAGGGCUAUGAAAAUCUGUGCUGUCUGCGGUGCAUUCAGACGCGCGACACAAACUUUGGAACAAAUUGCAUAUGCAGAGUUCCCAAGGGCAAGCUUGAAGUGGGUCGUAUCAUUGAGUGCACUCACUGUGGAUGCAGAGGAUGUUCUGGAUGAGUCAAGAGGGCAACAACUUUUUGAACUUACUGAACUUUGAU